AUGUACUGCUCAUCGCAACAGCUCGCCUCCCAUCCCGUGCCUAUCAUCUACGCAUCUCCUCCACUCGUCAGACCCAAGCCGAUCAGGCCAACGAUUGACACUAACGUCCGACACGCAAGUUUCAAUCGACCUCACCCUCAGCCGAAGCAGCUGAGGCGUCCAUCGAUGAUAAGGGCUUCGACUUUAGAUGGUCGAAGUCUGGCAGAAGUUAUCAACGCAGCUCGGAUAGCUUCACUGAACGAGCAACCAAAGCGGGCAACGAAAUCGCCAGCGUCGAUCAACGAGACCCACUCCUCGAAUCCACAUUCGCGCAGGAUGUCUUUCGACGCCCCGCCAACGUCAUCUGGCCAUUCCGACCCUCAACGACCAAGACUCACUUCCGCAGGAAGUCGGGCCGAUUACUUCUCCGAUCCUUACACCUAUGACGGGCUCGUUGAUCUCAAAUAA